AUGGACGUUGUCACGCCAUUGGCUCGGGCCUUGGCCAAGCAGGAGAACGUAGUUCCAAGUGUGCCUGAGCUUCAAAACAGCCUUCCUCGGAGCACCAAGGCCAAAACGGAGCAGAGCUCUGCCGACCAGGCCGUGGCCAAGUGCAUGGCCUCUUUGGUAGACACAUUGCAGCGCAUUGAUAGCGAUCUUGCUUCCACAUCAGCACACAACACGUACAGCGACCUUCAAGCCCGUGCGCGCUUGGCGCUGGCUAGUCUCAAGGCAGGGCGCUCGCCACAGAAAGAUGAUAGUGCUCCGGCCACCCCACAACAGUGGACCAACUUACCGAAUCGACGCAGCGCUCUGCCUGCGGAGCGUGUGCAGUUAGCGCGUCGACUGCUCACGGAAGGGCAAGAGCAGGCCAGCAUUGAUAACCAGACGCCGACCGCCCAACCUAUUGAGGGCCAGGCGUUGCCCUGUAUCGUGGUAGAGGACGCACACACGCCCUCGCAAAGACAACGACGCACCUUGCCUCGUGUGCACAUGGCCACCUCACCCAUGGCGGAUCGUGCACCUCAAGCGGCUUCCACCUGCAAUGCCGAGACGAGCACUUCGCCGUUGCGAGGAGUGGUGCACGCCCUUGAGCGGGCCGCACAGCUUGAGGAGCCCCAACUUCUGGAGUUGGUCGAGACAUUGAGCAUCAGCAAUGAAAUGCUUCGCGACACACACGUGCAACUGCACGAGCAGCUGGCUGCCGCCGAGGUCGCCAUGUCUGCCGCCCAGGCGGCGCGCGAUGCACAAGACGCCCAGCUUGAACAACUGGCCGUGGAUCACGAUGCUCGCGUCCUUGAGCUUGAGACCGCCUUACAACGUCGUGUUGAGGAAUAUAACCGUCUUGCUGCGGAACAGACUGAGCUUCAACAGCGCAUGGCUGACAAGGAGCGCUUGUUGGAGGAACUGAGCUUUCUGCAGGAUGCUCAUCGUGAUAGUACAGACCGCGCGACUGCCCUCGAGGCGGAGACACAAGUUUUGCAUGCACGCUUGGUCGAGUCCCAGGAGACGCACGCGGCGCAGGCGCAGGCUUGGGCCGUCGAGAAAGAAGCUUUGCAAACACAAGUCGUCGAGUUGCAGGGCCUUCAUAAGGAGGAUGCUGAGCGAGCCCAAGAGUUGCGCACGUUGCGUUCCGAGAACGCCUCACAAGCACAGACAAUGGCCAACCUGGAGGCCGACCUGCGCAAAAUGUACAAGCGCCACAAAGCUGAGCUGAAGCAACUGGAUGAGCAAUAUCGUCACAGCGACUAUGCCGCGCAAUUGGCGCGCCUGCAGUCAGAUGUUGCAACCUGGCAGAGUGCAUGGACAGAGGUCAACGACCUGGCGGGGCAGCUUCAAUCACAACUCAAUGAGACGCAACACACCCAAGAUCUGGUGAAGCAGCUUGAGCAAGCCAACACCCGGAUGCAAUCCGAACUUGCUGCUGCGCGAGCGGCCGAGCAUCAGGCACGCCUGCAAGCUGACGCACAUGCUACGUCAGCGGAAGACCUGCGCACGCAGCUUGACAAUACCCGAGCUGCGCUUUCAGGCGUCGAAGCCACCAUGACGUCGCUGGAGAAGAAGCUGGACGCUCGCGAGGAGCAAAUUGCCCAGCUGCUAUCGAGCGCCGAUGAUGCUGAGCACAUGACGCAGGAGUUGCUCGAGUUGCGCAAGACCGUGCAGGUCUUGGAGGCCCAGCUGCACGCUGAGCGCGCCUCUGGCUUGCGCCAGCUGGUUGAACAUGCGGUGGCACGCGCUGAGGUGACGGGGCUUACUCGCAAGUCUGACCAGCUGCUCGGUCGGGUGCAUGAUUUGGAAGCCGCAGCUGCUGCUCAGAGCAAGGCGCACGAAGCAGAGCUUACGGUCGCUCACGAGCAAGCAUCAUCAGCGCAAGAGCAGCUUCAUCAAGUUAAGGAAGACUUACGUGAACAGGAGGAGGCCAACGAGGAACUUCAGGCUCACGUGUCCGAGUUGAACGAGCGGCUACAGAGUGAGCGCUCAGAACAAGAAGAAUUACGUUUCUUCCACUUGACUGAGGAGGCUGCCAAACAGGAGGCGCUUGAACACGCCAGUCAGGUGGAGAAAGCCCUUCGCGAGGAAGUCAGCGCGCUUGAGCAGGGGACGCCAAGGGACAAACUACACGACACUUAUGCAUUGGUUUGUCUCCUACUUUUUGUGACACAGGAGCUCGAGGCUGUCAAGAGCAAGGGGCAAGAGGCUCUGGAGCACUUACAGGUGCAGCUCGAGACGGCCAUGUCUCAGGCAGAGACCCAAUCAACGGACCAGAUUGCUUCGCUCAAGGCUGAAUUGGCUUAUGCGACCACCAAGGCCGAACGUCUCAAUGGCGAGCUGGUUGAGCGGGAUUUGCGGCUCUCACAGCUGGAGGCCGUCAUGGCUGCACCGGCAACAACGAGCGCCAAGGCCGAGCACGAAAUCAAGGCCCUGCGCAAGUUUAUUGCCGAAUAUCAGGCCAAAACCGAGGAAAAGAUUCGAAUGCUCAAGGAGAACUUGGCGCAAAGCGAGAAUGAAAAUCAAUUGCUCGAUCGUGAACUUCGCCGUUUGGGCAAGGGUGCGAAUUGA